CUCAGGUUGUUGGGUACGGGAGUGGCAUAAGCCCUGGGAGUACUUCUAGCAACCUCUUCCUCCUUCUACUGGGUGAUAUAGCCACCUUUUGCAGCUACCCAGUCCUUCAGUUGGAUCAUUAGUCCCUCUGGAAGGGUCGUGCGUAAACUUUUCACCAGACGCGUUGGUGUCGAACUCGUUGACCAUGUACUGGUAGGAACAGGGGAAUUGGUAGUACUUGAAAUACGUUGAUUGGAGAGGGCUGAUACACGUUCGGAGUCGACUGCUAACUAGAUAAGAAGGUGUAUACUUGUAGUAUAUUGGGGGGUUCAAUAGAUAUAGAUAGAGCCACCAAAGAAUACAGAAAAAAAAAAAAGCGAAAACUGGUUUUCUCAUCAAAAGUGAAAUUUAUCAACUUUGAAGCAGAUCUUGUUUAGGAUAUCGAUAUUGAUUGCUUUAACAUGAGUGACAUGAGUAUUCAACAUAAUGGGGAUUCGAGUGCCAAUGCCAACGGUAACGGGAAUCACCCUGAUUCAAUUGUUCCUGAUAACGAAACUGAAUCUCGUCAAGAAUCAAUAGAGCCAGCUGCUGCCAAAGGACAACAGCCGGCUACCAUUACCACUGUAGGAGAUGGCGCAUCGGUGGUUGCCAAUUCCAAUGCAGAAACCACCACCAAUAUAGCUGAAAACAAGGCGAAGUACUUUGUUGAGUCUGAUAAGCAAACGUUUGAUAUUGAUGCCACGGUUAAGAGAUUCAAAUACUUAUUGGGAUUAACCGGGUUGUUCAAGCACUUUAUUGACGCUAAAGUCGAAAAAGAUGCAAAUUUUGCUCAAGUGAUUGAAAAAAUCAAUCAAGAAGAAAGUUCCAAUAAGAAAAGAAGAAAAACUGAAAAGGAAGAAGAUGCAGAAUUAUUACGUGAUGAAGAAGAUACUGCCAAUAUAACUGAGUUUAGUGAAAGUCCAAAUUAUAUUCAUGGAGAAUUAAGACCGUAUCAAAUACAAGGUCUUAAUUGGAUGGUUUCACUUUACGAAAAUGGAGUUAAUGGGUUUCUUUUAGCAGAUGAAAUGGGUUUAGGUAAAACUUUGCAAACAAUAAGUUUUCUAGGUUAUUUGAGAUACUUGAAAAACAUAAAUGGACCUCAUUUAAUUAUAGUACCUAAAUCAACUUUAGAUAAUUGGCUGAGGGAAUUUGCUAAAUGGACACCAGAUGUUAGGGUUUUAGUAUUACAAGGUGAUAAAGAUGAAAGAAAUCAGUUAAUUCAAUCAAGAUUAAUGAAUUGUGAUUUUGAUGUUGUGAUAAGUUCUUAUGAAAUUGUUAUUAGAGAAAAGUCUUCAUUUAAAAAAUUUAAUUGGCAAUACAUUAUAAUUGAUGAAGCUCAUCGUAUUAAAAAUGAAGAAAGUUUAUUGUCACAAAUCAUUCGUAUGUUUCAUCUGAAAAACCGUUUGUUAAUAACUGGUACCCCUUUACAAAAUAAUUUACAUGAAUUAUGGGCUUUAUUAAAUUUUAUUUUACCAGAUAUUUUUGGUGAAAGUGAUACUUUUGAUGAUUGGUUUACUAAUGAUAAUGAUGAUAAUAUUAUAACUCAAUUACAUAAAGUCUUAAAGCCUUUCUUAUUACGUCGUAUUAAAGCCGAUGUUGAAAAGUCCUUAUUGCCUAAAAAGGAAUUGAAUUUAUACGUUAAAAUGUCAGAUAUGCAAAGAAAAUGGUAUCAGAAAAUUUUAGAAAAAGAUAUCGAUGCAGUUAACGGUGCAAAUGGUAAAAAGGAAAGUAAAACAAGAUUAUUGAAUAUUGUUAUGCAAUUGCGUAAAUGUUGCAAUCAUCCUUAUCUAUUUGAGGGUGCUGAACCAGGUCCUCCUUUUACCACUGAUGAACAUUUAGUUUUCAACGCUCAAAAAAUGAUAAUCUUGGAUAAAUUAUUGAAAAAAUUUCAACAAGAAGGUUCAAGAGUUUUAAUAUUUUCUCAGAUGAGUAGAAUGUUGGAUAUUUUGGAAGAUUAUUGUUAUUUUAGAGAAUUUGAAUAUUGUCGUAUUGAUGGUCAAACUGAUCACGCUGAUCGUAUUAAUGCAAUUGAUGAAUAUAAUAAACCUGGUCUGGAAAAAUUUGUAUUUUUAUUAACAACUAGAGCUGGUGGUUUAGGUAUUAAUUUAACUACUGCUGACAUUGUUAUUUUAUUUGAUAGUGACUGGAAUCCUCAAGCUGAUUUACAAGCAAUGGAUAGAGCUCAUAGAAUUGGACAAACAAAACAGGUUAAAGUUUUCAGAUUUGUUACUGAAAAUGCAAUUGAAGAAAAAGUUUUAGAAAGAGCUACUCAAAAAUUAAGAUUAGAUCAAUUAGUUAUUCAACAAGGAAGAAAUAAUGCUAACGUUAAUAACAAUCUUAGUAAUUCAAAAGAUGAAUUAUUAAAUAUGAUUCAACAUGGUGCAAAUGAAAUGUUUCAAAAUGAAACCAAGAAUGAUGAAGAUAUUGAUAUUGAAACGUUAUUAAGAGAUAGUGAACAAAAAACCAGUGAAUUAAAUAAAAAAUAUGAAUCAUUAAAUUUAAAUGCAUUACAAAAUUUUAGUAAUAACGAUGAAUCAGUUUAUGAAUGGAAUGGAGAAAAUUUUAAGAAGAAAGAAGCAAAAGCAAUAAGUAAUAUUGGGCAUGGAUGGAUUAAUCCAGGUAAGAGAGAACGUAAAGAAAAUUAUUCAAUUGAUAUGUACUAUAAAGAUGUAUUAAAUACUGGGGGAAGAACUGGGCCAGCCAUUAAAAGUGGACCCAAACCACCAAAACAAUUAAAUAUAUAUGAUCAUCAAUUUUACCCCCAUAAAUUGAUUGAAUUAUAUGAUUUAGAAAGAAAUUAUUAUAAAAAACAGACCAAAUAUGUUGUACCAUUAAAAGCAGGUAAAGAAGAUACUUUAAAACAAAGACAAUUAGAACAAAAGAUUGAACAAGAAGAAAUUGAUAAUUCAAGACCAUUAACUGAAGAAGAAAAAGCUUUAAAAGAAGAAUUAUUAAAACAAGGAUUUAAUGAAUGGAAUAGAAGAGAUUUCCAACAUUUUAUAUCAUUGAGUAUAAAGUAUGGAAGAAAUUCAAUUAAAUUAAUAAGUACUGAAUUUGAAGAUAAAAGUGAAGAAGAAAUUAGAGAAUACGCAAAUAAAUUCUGGACCAAUUAUGAAGAAAUUGAAGGAUAUGAAAGAUUUAUAAAUCAAAUUGAAAUGGGAGAAGAAAAAAUAUUAAAAGUUAAAUUACAAAAAGAAAGUUUACGUCGAAAAUUAAGUCAAUAUAAAUAUCCGUUACAAGAAUUAGUUUUGAAAAAUCCUCCAGCAACCACUAAUAAGCGUAUUUUCAGUGAAGAAGAAGAUCGGUUUUUAUUAGUACAGUUAUAUAAGUUUGGAUUAGAUAGACCAGAUAUUUAUGAUAGAAUUAGAGAUGCAAUUCGAGAAAGUCCAUUAUUUGAAUUUGAUUUCUUCUUUCAACUGAGAAAUAGUUCAGAAUUAUCAAGAAGAUGUACCACGUUAUUAUCAUGUAUAUUAAAAGAAAUGCAACCACCAAACGUUGAUAAACGAAAAUUAGAAGAAACUUCAAAUAAUAAUAAAAAUAAUAAAAAAAUUAAAAAAUAG